AUGGAGGGGAAGAAAGUAAACUUCUCUAGAGCUUUCGAAGAAGUUAGUAGAGGUGAAGAAAAUUCACAACUAUUCAUCCACAGUGAUGAAGAUGCUUUUCCAAACUACUUCGAAAACGGACUUGGCUUAGAUGAGAUUAACGAUACAAAUUGUGAAGAAAUUCAGUUUCAGUAUGAUUUUCGACUUCAUCAAGAAAGUGUGAAGGCUAUGAUCGAUUUAGGUGGUAACCUUCAGUCUUUCAUACCAAUGAUUACCUACCAUAAGCAUGUUUGGUGGUAUUAUGGUUACAAAUUACAGCUUGAAAAAGACAUGAGCUUGUCACUGCUUCUGAAGAGCUUAGGACCUACAGCACGACCUGAUAAGGAAGUUCCUCGAGGAGCGAUUGGCAAUAAUGUGCCACGUAAUCAAUUACCACCACCUGGCAACAGCGUUCACGUGUUGCUUGCUGUCAAAAAAGAUGGAAAUUUGCAAGCAAUUGUGGAAAAAAAUCUUUACGACAUUGGUAAUGCUGAUGGCUACAUCUGUAGUGAACUGAUUAGCUUAGUUAAGCUUCAUGAAAUUAUUAAGACUAAUGAGUUCAUCAUUUUACGCGUUUCCAUCAAUAUUAGUAAAACGUACUUCAACAUCAAAAAGCUAAUCAACUCAAAUAUUACCUCAGCAAUAAAAAAAAAAGCGACUUCUGAAGAAAUGAAUUUGCUAGAAAUGGUUCUGAAACAAGAGAAGACCCCUUCUUCAGAUUUCGUUUUUACACGAGGAAGUGGUGAAAAUAACGAUGCAACAUCUUAUCAUGUCCAUAAAAAUAUCAUCAAACGACGAUCAUUUGUGCUGAAAGGCAUUUUUAGACAAAAAUAUUCACUUCCAACUGAUCAGUUACUUGUAGUUCACACUGAGGAUCGCAUUAUUUUUCCAUACUUGAUCGAUGAUGAUAUGGAUUUUCUCUUAACUUAUUUAUACACUGGAAAAGUGAUUUUACCCAAAUUUAAUGGUUUUGCUCGAGUUGGACGUGUAAUUUCGUUUUUGAUUAGUCCUGAGCAGCUGGUUGAAAUUUUCAUGCAAUGGGAAUAUUUAAUUGUAAUGAAUCUUCUUGAAAUUGAAAAGCAAAAUAACAGUAAUGAUAUUGUCGAAGAAAGUUUUAAAGCACUGAUUUCGGUGUACAGUGCACCUUAUGGAGCGUUGCCCCAUGCUAAGCGAAUGGCAAUGUCUCUAUUAGCUGAUCAGCUUACAAAGACUAACGAAAACUUGGAAAAAUAUGGCGAAAAUUCAAAUUAUGGCAGAUACAAAAUUGGACAUUUUAUGGAUAGCGCAUUGAAAUUGAAACGUUUUAUUUGUUCAAUUAAAAAAAUGCCAUAUUUUAUGUAA